AGCAUGGGCUCCUUCCCCACCAUCACCACAAGCUUCCUUCUCUUCCUGGCAUUUCAGCUCCCGGGGCAAACCAGAGCUAACCCCGUGUAUGGCUCUGUGUCCAACGCAGACCUGAUGGAUUUCAAGAAUUUGCUGGACCGUUUGGAGGACAAGAUGCCCUUAGAAGAUGAGGUCAUGCCCCCACAAGUACUAAGUGAGCAGAGUGAGGAAGGUGGGGCUGCUCUCAGCCCCCUUGCUGAGGUGCCUCCCUGGACCGGGGAGGUCAACCCAGCCCAGAGAGAUGGGGGUGCCCUCGGGCGGGGCCCCUGGGACUCCUCUGAUAGAUCUGCCCUCCUGAAAAGCAAGCUGAGGGCACUGCUCGCUGCCCCUCGGAGCCUGCGGAGGUCCAGCUGCUUCGGGGGCAGGAUGGACAGGAUUGGAGCCCAGAGUGGACUGGGCUGCAACAGCUUCCGGUACCGAAGAUAA